AUGGGAGAUCAUCAGAACGAUCCAAACGAUGACGUUUUCUCCUUCUUCACCACUCCCAACGAAUCCGACUUCUCCUCGCCGACAACGGCCACUCCUUCCACGCUUUUCAACCGUUGUUCCUACUCCUCAUCAUCUUCCUCCGGCGAUGAAUCUCACCCUUCAGGUCCUUCCGUCGACGACAGCAACAAACGCAUCGACUACAUGAUCCAGUUCCUCGAUCGGAGGCUCAGCGAAGACGGCAAUUUCGACGGGAUCGGAGCGGAGAACGGUGACGGCUCCGAUUCUCUACCGGAAUUCGUUGGGAAGUGCGGUGAAACCGGGAUCUUCAAGGUUCCGAUUAGGUCCGCUGUACAUCCGAAUCGGCCUCCGAGCCUUGAGGUGAGACCUCAUCCGCUAAGGGAAAGUCAAAUUGGGCGAUUUUUGAGGACGAUGACGAGCACUGAGAGACAAUUGUGGGCCGGAGGUGAGGACGGUGGUUUCAAGGUAUGGGACUUCGAUGAACUGUACGGAAGCGGACGAGGAUUAGAGGUAGAGGAUACGGCGCCGUAUAAGGAGACUUCUGAGAUUGAGACUGGAUCUUCGGUUGUUUGUAUGAUCGGAGAUGAAGGUAGUAAAGUGGUUUGGAGUGGGCAUAGAGAUGGGAGGAUCAGAGGUUGGAAAGUUAGAGCUGACCAUGGCGUUGAAGAAGCUUUGUCAUGGCAAGCUCAUCGUGGUCCGGUGCUCUCUAUUGCCAUCUCGGCUUACGGAGAUAUAUGGUCAGGGUCUGAGGGAGGCGCUCUUAAAGUUUGGCCCUGGGAAGGUCUUGAAAAGGCUCUUUCUUGGAAACUUGAACAAAGGCACAUGGCUGUGUUAUCAGUAGAAAGAUCGUAUAUUGACCCCAGGAGCCAGACUUCGGUUAAUGGUUUUGCUAAUACAUUGACGUCAGAUGUUAUGUUCCUAGUAUCUGAUCACACAAGGGCAAAAGUAUGGAGUGGUAGUCCCCUUACAUUUGCUUUGUGGGAUGCUCGCACAAGGGAUUUGAUCAAAGUAUUCAAUAUUGAUGGGCAGGUAGAGAAUCGGAAUGACAUGUCCGUGUUUCCUGAUUUUGGGACUGAAGAAGAGGCAAAGAUGAAGAUUGCGAGUGCUUCAAAGAGAGAGAAAGCUCAAUCUUCUCUUGGUUUCUUUCAGCGGUCUCGUAAUGCCAUUAUGGGAGCAGCUGAUGCUGUUCGCCGUGCUGCAGCAAAAGGUGGGUUUUGUGAUGAUAGUAGGAGAACUGAGGCCAUUGUCAUAUCUGUUGAUGGAUUGAUUUGGACUGGAACUGCAAACGGUGUACUUAUGCGAUGGGAUGGAAAUGGUAAUUGCUUGCAAGAGUUCACAUACCAGUCUUCUGGUGUUCUCUGCAUGUUGGCUUUUUGUUCUCGGCUUUGGGUUGGUUAUUCCAAUGGAACUGUUCAGGUGUUAGACCUUGACGGAAAGCUGCUUGGAGGAUGGGUGGCUCAUAGUGGUCCCGUAAUAAAAAUGGCUAUUGGUAGUGGUUAUUUAUUUACCCUUGCGAAUCAUGGAGGUAUCCGAGGAUGGAAUGUUACUUCGCCAGGUCCCCUUGACAAUGUCUUGCGGGCUGAGUUGGCUGGGAAAGAAUUUUUGUAUUCAAGGAUUGAGAAUCUGAAAAUCUUAGCUAGUACAUGGAAUGUUGGAGAGGGCAGAGCAUCAACAGACUCGCUUGUAUCUUGGUUAGGCUGUGCUGCCGCUGGAGUUGAGAUUGUAGUUGUUGGACUGCAGGAAGUUGAGAUGGGAGCAGGAGUUCUUGCAAUGUCCGCGGCAAAAGAAACGGUGGGACUUGAGGGUAGUCCACUUGGUCAGUGGUGGCUGGAUAUGAUCGGGAAAACUUUGGAUGAAGGUUCAUCAUUUGUUCGUGUUGGCUCUAGGCAGCUGGCAGGGUUGCUCAUAUGUGUAUGGGUUAGAAAUGAUCUUAAGUCUCACGUGGGAGAUGUUGACGCUGCUGCGGUUCCUUGUGGUUUUGGACGAGCCAUUGGUAAUAAGGGAGCUGUAGGUGUGCGACUAAGAAUUUAUGAUCGAAUACUGUGCUUUGUAAAUUGUCAUUUUGCUGCACACUUAGAAGCUGUUAAUCGGCGGAAUGCUGACUUCGACCAUGUUUAUCGAACGAUGGCCUUCACACGCCUGUCUAGUUCACUCAAUCAAGGAGCUGCUGCUGCUUCAUUUGGUGUCUCAGUGCCACGUGGUGGCAAUGCUGUGGGUAUCAACACAGAAGCAAGGCCUGAAUUAUCGGAGGCAGACAUGAUCGUGUUCCUCGGAGAUUUUAAUUACCGCUUAGAUGAUAUAACUUACGAUGAAACAAGGGAUUUCAUUUCUCAGAGAUGCUUUGAUUGGCUAAGAGAAAAAGAUCAGCUACACGCUGAAAUGGAAGCCGGCAAUGUUUUCCAAGGGAUGCGCGAAGCUGUUAUCAGGUUCCCUCCAACAUACAAGUUCGAAAGGCACCAAGCUGGUCUUGCAGGUAAGUGA